GCAAAGGAGCGACCUCCCGUGUGACACCAUGCCUGUGCACGAUGCGUGAGCACCGCUGCGCAUUCUUCCUGCUCGCGGCCCAUUUCAUCUUUGUUUUCGGCUGCUCCGCCAGCAUCCUCCUUCUCCGUAAGCUCACCCUCACGCCAGCGGCCGUCGGGCGGCCAUCCUCAUCACACGCUGCUUGUGUUGUCUUUGGUAGUGUCCUUGCUUUCGUCCUCACCGACUGCCGUCGAGGGCGCUGCAUUCAACUUGGGCGUGACUGAUCAUACGACGCCAGAGGUGUGCCUCCACCGGUCGUUCAGCGCCUCGCCGCUGUGUCGCUCGCUCAGCCACAGCCACAGCCUCAGCCACAGCCAACAGGGCAUCUGUCAUAAUUCGCUGUUUCAGUUGCUGCACCUGCCGUCGGUGUCUUCGAGUCGGGUGAUCCCUGCUGUGGCCAGUGCUGCACCUGCACCACCUGCUGCUGCUGCUGGUGCCGAGAAGGAGCCGUAUAUUUACCGCCCGCGCAUGGAAAUGGCUUGGAGGUGAGAGCGAGAGAAGAGGGCUGAGGGAGGGAGGGAGGGAGAGAGCGUGAUAUGAUGUGUUGUGAUGUGUUGUGUUGUGUUGUGGUGGUUGUAUGCAGGGCGACAGGCCACUCCCAUUUGGACCUGCUCAACAACCUCCGCCAGGAGGGCAUCCUCAAGACCAACCGAAUCUUUGACGUCAUGAGCAAAGUCGACAGAAAGAAGUACGUCAAGGACUUCCCCUACCAGGACUCACCUCAGCCAAUCGGUGGGUACGCACAGCACACAGACACACACAUAGAAACAUGGCCGGCAGGCGGGAAGGGGAAGGGUGUGUGUGUGCGCAUGUGUGUGUGUGUGUGAAGGUUGGGGGGCGACCAUUUCUGCGCCGCACAUGCACGCCGCUGCGCUCGAGUAUCUGUCCGACCAGCUGCAGCCCGGCAACUCGGCACUCGACGUUGGUACGCCAAGAUACUCAUACGCACAGGGCCACCACGACACACAGAGAUACACACAAAUGGCCGACGGCGAACACGACAAAACACACGUGUGUGAUGUCCCCGAUGUGUGUAUUGUGUGGCAUUGUGUGAUAACUUUCAGGGUCUGGCACUGGGUACCUGACCACGUGCAUGGUGCGCACACGGCGGGCACUCUCUCACACACACAGAGGAGGGGGGGUGCACGUGUGUCUGUCUGUCUGUCCGUGGCUCUGUAUGUAUGUGGUCACUGUGGUGCGUGUGUGGGUGCAGGCGCGGCUGUGCGGAUUGGUGGACGACAAGAAUGAGGUGCACCACGACCUUGGCAAGGUGGUCGGCAUCGACUAUGUCAAACGUAACCACCGCACCGCACACAGGCAGACAAACAUGCACCCUCGAUCGCUUUCGUGCCUCCCUCCCUCCCUCCAUGCGUUACUUAGUGUGUGUGUGUGUCUGUGUAUGUGUGUUGGCUGUUCCACCGCACACACAGCUCUGGUAGAGAUGUCGGUCGACAACGUCAAGAAUGACUUGCCCAAACUCAUGGAGGCGCCAAACUUCAAGGUGGGUCAUCAGCGAUUGGGACACACGCACCGGGAGGCACUCAUUGUUGACGCGUGUGUGGUGAUUUGAUUGUAUGUGUGUGUGUGUGUGUGUGAUUGCCUCCUACCUACAGUUGCUGGUGGGUGACGGCUGGAAGGGCUACGCCGAGUUCGCUCCCUACCACGCCAUUCACGUGGGGGCCGCCGCAAGAGUCGUCCCACAGGUGAAUAGAUUAAUGGAGUCAUGCCGCCGACUUAUGUACUGGACACACCAAUUCCUGCCCUGCAUCCUCUCUCUCUCGUAUCAUGUGGGCAAUGUAUUUAUGCUAUGCGUCAAUCAAAUCAGGCGUUGGUCGAUCAGCUGGCUGUCGGCGGCAAGAUGAUCAUUCCCCUCGGCCCCUCUGGCGGCGCACAAUACCUCACGGAGGUCACCAAAGACGAGAGCGGACACGUCAAACAACGACAGCUAUUCGGAGUGGUCAGUCAGACAGCGAACACCAGGGCACAGCACAGCACAGCACACGGACCCAUUGCAAUCGUUGCCUGUGGUGUGUGCAUGUGUGUGCAGCGUUAUGUGCCGCUGGUAGAGGACACGAGCGGUGGUGGGCGAUGGAGAUUCUGAUCGAGCAGUCGUAGGUAGACGCACUAUAGGCAGGCAGGCAGGCAGGCUGGCCACGCAGGAGACAGACGACAGAUUCAUUCAGACACCCACAUGGCUGCCUGCCUGCGAUGAGUAGAAGAGUGCAGUGCGUAGGGAUAGCUUCAUUCAUGUCGAUGUGGGUGCGCCAGCCGUCUUUUUCUCGCGGUGUGGCGGCGUGUACGUCUUUUUCGUUCGUCGGCCGGUUAUAUAUCUAACAUGGACCCCUUGUGUGUGUUCAUAGGAAACGAAGGCGACUGACUGUUUUUGGUCUCUCUGCAUCUCUCUAUUGGUGGACGCCAGUGGUCUGUAUGUGAUUCCAUGUGGCCAGGGGAUGAAACAAAGACACACAGUGCAUAUGCCAUUUUUCCGUGAGUUGGCUGGUUAAGAAUCAGAUAGUCA